CACUAACGUAACGUAAUAACGUUCACUUUCACUCGCACUUAAGAAUAGAAACUCAGCCUAUUGACGCAUUUUUCCAUCUCUCUCUGCCCUCCUGCUAAUCCCCUACUUUUUUGGCUUUCGCAUAAUGGAACCAGCAAAAAUCGACUGGACCAGAAUAGACUCCCGCUUCGUUGAGGACUGCGUUUACGAACACAUCAACGCCCCUAAAUGGGUUGAUUUCUUGGCCCCUGACCCUCACCAACCUUCCAUCGACGAUGAUGCCUGGUUCUGCACUCCUGACUGUAACCAUCCCAAGACUGCUGAGGAUUUCCUUCAACCCUCUCCUCCUUCUAAGCUUCCACGACGAUCAGUUCCUGGCGGUGGAGCUGGAAACUUCCCAUUUCGGGAAUUGAAUCAAGGAGAUGCCAAAUUGAAGAGAAGAGGGCAACAAACUCAAUCUUCUAGUUUUUCAAAGUUCGACGAUAGUGAAAACCAUAACCCAAAUUUAUCAACUCCUCCUACUAAUCACCAAGCUAAGUCUUUGAAAGCGGCAAUCAAGUCCAGCAGUGAAAAAAAUAAACCCAUUAUAACAGAUGGUAUACUCCAGUCCCAAAGUGACGAGAUACGGUCUCUGAAAAGUAGUGCGUCAGCUAGGAAUUUGUUUGCUGGUAGGGAUAUACUGAGUCAUAUAAGUGAGUUUUGCAACGAGUUAAAGAAAUUGGCAAGCAGGGCUAGGGAGAAAGAGAGAGAGGAAAACACUCAAGAUGAAAAGACCCAGGUUCUGGGUGAGUUGGACAAAGAGAGGAAACCAUUGCUUGAAUUGGGUCAAGAGAAACAUGGCAUUGCUAAAGAGAAAGAAAAGAUGAAAAUAAACAGAAGCAGAACACAUGGUGAUGAGGCAGAGAACAUGGCACCCUCUAAUAUCUCACUAAAUUUGGAGGAUGUGAAGCACAAAAACAACGGGGAAGAAAGGUUACUGCAAAUACGGACCAAUCCACCCUCUCCUCAGUGCUUUUCUGCCCCUACCAAAACCACUGCCACUCCUUCCAAGGCUUCCAGAUCCAGACUUAUGGAGAGGGGAAUCCUUCAAGAAGUGAAGCAAAACAAGGAUAUGAAGACAGAAAAAGCAGGAAGCAGUGUAUCUUCUUGUUCUUCUGUUAUUAAUAAUGUUAACGUUACGGAUGGAAGACAAGCAAGAGCGUUGGAUGUAUUUUGGUUCCUCAAGCCUUGCACAAUGUCUGAGUAAACAAAACUCAAAUGUCUUCAUUCUUUCAUUCAUAUGAGUGUCAGCUAUGUAGCUUUCUCUCUGUUUAAUAAUUGUAUUGAAAACCCUUUUCAGUGAAUAAAAAGCCAAUAUCAUGAUUCUUUA